AUGUCGCAGAUUUGCCGAUGGCAUGAGGAGGCCGGGAACUUGGAGGAGAAGGUCGCCGUGCAAGGCAGUCGCCUGCUUGCGCGCACCGUGUUGCGUUGGUUGCAGAGGAUGAAAAGGGUGAAGAGCUUCCCGGACGACGAGUAUCUUGUUGGUGACAAGAACUUGGACGUGUUCCACUCCAACCCCAAGUACUACGCUGACUUCGGUGCAAAACUUCUCAUUGGCCGCAAGAUUGACGACCCGGUCGUGCAGCGCGAUUGGAAGCACUGGCCUUUCCAGGUCAUCGGCAACAUCAUUCAGACUCCGGAGGAGAUCUCUGCCAUGGUCCUGAGCAAGAUGAAGGAGACUGCUGAGGCAUACCUCGGCAAGACCGUCACCCACGCAGUUCGUCAAGCCACGAAGGAUGCGGGCACGAUUGCUGGUCUGCAGGUCCUCCGUAUCAUCAACGAGCCGACGGCCGCAGCCAUCGCGUAUGGUCUCGACAAGAAGGGUAGCGAGUCGCAGAUCAUCGUCUAUGAUCCCGGCGGUGAAACUUUCGAGGUCUUGCUGCUGUCUAUCGACGACGGCGUGUUUGAGGCCUUGGCGACUGCCGGUGACACCCACCUCGGUGGCGAGGACUUCGACAACCGCGUGAUGGACCAUCUCAUUAAGCAGUACAAGAAGCAGACCGGCAUCGAUGUGUCAAACAACUUGCGUGCAAUGGGCAAGCUGAAGCACGAGGUUGAGAAGGCCAAUCGUACACUGUCCAGCCAGCAAUCGACUCGUGUCAAGAUUGAGAGCUUCGAGAACGGCAACAACUUCUCGGAGACGCUUACUACUCGGGCGAAGUUCAAGGAGAUCAACAUGAACCUCUUCCGGAAGACGAUGAAUCCGGUUGAGCGGGUGCUCAAGGACGCGAACCUUAAGAAAGAGGAUAUCGAUGAGUAUAGCAGGUUGUUCCACGACUCGGAGCUCCCCACUCUUGGUUGA